AUGAUAAACACAUACGAGGAGACCAUUUGGAUCGAUGCCAGAAAUGGGGAGACCAUGGCUGAGAGCUUUGCAAUAAUCUUCGACGAGUUUGCAAAUUCCAAAGUAAUCCCUGACGGAGUCCCUGUCGACAAGUGGAAGGCGUUGAGGGCUCUAGAGAUCCUCAAAGACCUGCCUAUUUGCUGGCUUAUGAUCAUCGAUGGUUGGAACACGGAGCCGCCUUUGCCCACAAAGGACAACCAACCAUGGUUGGCCGCGCUGACCGUUGCGCCCCAGAAACGUGGCACAGUCUUGAUCACGACUUGUUGCCGGGAUCUGGUGCGUCUGGUCGACACACCGGCCGAGAACAAACCGCUGGUUGACGCCGGUAGCCGCAUAUUGACGGAGCAUUUCAUCUUGCCUGUAUCAAGCAAGGCGAAUGCGCUGGAAUUUCUCUACGGCUUGACUGCUUUCCCUGACACACUACACAGGUCACCGGAGAACACGGAGGCCAGGGCGAUAGUGGGCAGCCUUGAAUGUUUUCCUCCGGCUGUCAUGGAAUCAACUCAGAUCAUUCAAGAACAUCAUAUCACUGAUUGUACCUUCUUUGAUGAGAAAGGGUCCCGGCCCGAAUUGAAUGACAUAGUGCUCAAAUGGUGGUUUACGGGGCUAAACUUGAACCAGCCAUACAGUCUCCAUGACGCGUUGAGUGCCUCGUUCGGAAGAAUGGGAGCAACGCGAGGCACGAUCAUGGCGUUGUUGUUCAUGUUUCGGUGCUCUUCCUAUGCUGUCGACACGGAGUACGUGAAGUUGGCCUAUGAGCUCAAAAGAGGCACCGAUUAUGAAUUCCCUUGGGCGGAGAUCCGCCGUCCGGAGAGUGGUUACUGGGAUGCUGCUAGUAUCGAAUGGACGAAGCUUGUUGAGCUUGACCGGGUGAUUGAAGGUCUCCUUAACUCCUCGGCUUUGACGUAUCACUGGAGAUCCCAACGCCCUGCGAUGCCUCUAGCAACUCAAGAAUGGAUCCAGGCCCAGCUUUCGCGAACUGAACAAUGGAGAAUGGCGGUACUCGCCCUUGAGGUGAUUCUUUACAUUGAGCACAAUAGGGGAUAUUCCGGGACUCCAAGUUACAAGCAAGUGAAGACUUUGUGGACGGAGAUAUAUGGGGGCCUUUGUGAAUCAAUUCACAUACCCAACAUCGGUCCGCAAACCCUCCUACAUACGAUCAGAUAUCUGUAUUCCACUGGCGCCGAGAACCUACCACCACAACCGCCAACUGGUGAGUAG